UCGUAUGUGCGACUUGGCCUUCGCGUUGGCCAGUACUGCCAGUAGGCUUCGAAAAAUUCGAUAUGAUUCGAUAGUGACACACAUUAGUGACAAUUGUGACGAUAAGAAUUGGUGGAAUUUAAUUUUGCACACGUCUCAUGGAAAUAAAUAAGAGAAACUCGUAGCAUAGUAGUUGCACUUGCUGGACAAACGACGGUAUUGCGCGAAAUCUAAUAAUUUUCACGUGACACAUCUAUUUCUCGUCAAUUUCAUCGAUCAAGGUUACUCUUGCGUACACAUAUGCACCCUUCUUUAACAGUUUUCACCCAUUCGCGUUGCAUUCUCAUCGUGAUUCGCACGGCCGCUAAACGUAACCGACGUGCGUGCCUGUAGAGAUCCAUCAGGUGGAAUCUCGUUUCUGCUCGUUUCUGGUGGUGUCACACGCUGCUGUGACGAGUCGCCGAUGUUGUGACAGUCGAAAACAACCUGGUGGCCACGACGGAGAAAGCUCGGCACAAGUGUGUACAGGUGCGUGGCUGUCGCCGAAAAUGAGCUCGCAUCACCAUCUGAAUUCGUCAUCGGGCGAGAUAAAUCACAUACACUUCGUCUCUGAAGACAUCGGCUCGUUGUACGUCUCCGAGGAGUAUGCGGACGUCACCAUCGUGGUAGCGGGUCAAAAGUUCCGUAGCCACAAGCUCAUUCUUGCCGCGCGCAGCGAGUACUUUCGCGCUCUGCUCUUCGGGGGCAUGAAGGAGUCCAUGCAGAGUGAAAUAGAGUUGAACACCGCGUCGUUGCCCGCAUUCAAAGGCUUGCUCAAGUACAUUUACACUGGACGCAUGUCCCUCACCAAUGAGCGAGAUGAGGUCAUUCUCGAUAUUCUCGCGUUAGCGCAUUUGUAUGGGUUUAUGGACUUGGAAGCAGCUGUAUCUGACUAUCUCAGAGAAAUAUUAAACAUAAAGAAUAUAUGUUCGGUUCUGGAUACUGCUAUUUUAUAUCACUUGGAAUUUCUAACUAACGUUUGCUUUGAAUACAUGGACGUCCACGCAUCUGAAGUUAUAAAGCAUGAGAGUUUUCUCCAGUUGAGUUCGUGUGCUCUAACUGAAUUAAUCUCCAGGGAUUCUUUCUGCGCACCGGAGAUAGAGAUUUUUUCAGCUGUACGAUUAUGGGUCAAUGCCAAUCCUGAUGUUGACCCAGCUGAAGUACUAGCUCAACUAAGAUUGAGUCUAAUACCACUAUCGGACCUUUUAACUACCGUAAGGUCGUCUCAAUUAGUAUCGUCAGAUGCGUUAUUGGACGCAAUCACUGUACAGACAGAAACUCCCGAUUCAAAACUUCCAUAUCGUGGCCAUUUGCUUGUCGACGAAAAUGUUGCUGCUCUGUCUCACGAUGCUGAAGUGUUACAGGGAGAAAUGCGUAACUACCUACUUAAUGGUGAUACUCAUAACUAUGAUAUGGAACGUGGUUAUACCAGGCAUACCAUAUCUGACACAGAGGAGCAUGGAAUUCUUAUCAAAUUAGGAUCACAAUAUAUUAUAAAUCAUAUAAAAAUGUUACUAUGGGAUCUAGAUUUGCGAUCUUAUUCUUAUUAUAUAGAGGGAUCUAUGAAUCAAAAGGAUUGGGUCAUGCUUGUCAAUCACAAACAUUACUUUUGUCGCAGUUGGCAGUAUUUAUAUUUUGAGCCAAGGGUAGUGCUUUAUAUUCGUAUUGUAGGAACAAAUAACACAGUAAAUAAGGUUUUUCAUGUUGUCAAUUUUGAAGCAUACUACACAAAUCAUACUGAGAAACUUUCACAAGGCUUUAUAGUACCCACCAAAAAUAUCGCUACUAUCGAGCGAAGCGCAUGUGUCAUUGAAGGUGUGAGUAGGUCACGUAAUAAUUUAUUGAAUGGAGACACGUCUACUUACGAUUGGGACAGCGGUUAUACGUGCCAUCAACUCGGCUCUGGAUCUAUUCUAGUACAAUUAGGCCAGCCAUAUAUGAUAGCAUCCAUGCGAUUACUACUUUGGGAUUGUGAUAAUCGCUCCUACUCGUAUUACAUAGAAGUAUCAGGCAAUGCAUGGAAUUGGGUAUUAGUUGCUGAUAAAACUAAAGAGACCUGUCGAUCUUGGCAGACGAUACAUUUUCAUCCGCCCCGUCCAGUAGUUUUUAUAAAAAUAGUAGGCACUCAUAAUACUGCAAAUGAGGUGUUUCAUUGUGUUCACUUCGAAUGUCCAGCACCGGUAGAUGAAAAAUCCUCAAAAUCGCCAACACAAGAGGGACAAACGUCAACGUCAUCAGACGGUAAUUUUUUACCUCUUCCUCCUCCACCACCUUCUCCACCUUCUGCUCCUGAGGUAGCUACGGAAGCAGUCCACAUCGAUAGUGAUGAAUCGUAACUAGAAUAAAGAGUCUGCAUAAUAAACAAAGAUGAAACACGAGUGACAGCUCUGUCAAUGAUCCUGUAGUUGCUGCUCUUGUUUUCUGAGCUAGAUGAAUUUAAACGAUUCGUCGAGUGUCCUCAAUGCAAACUUUAAGACUGUUCAAUAAUAAUGAUUCUAUAUAAAAUUGUAAUUAGUCAUCUCGUUUUUUUGUUUACGAAUUCUAUUUUUAUUAUCAUAUCGAUGAUGCAUAGUACGCGCAGCAGCUGUCAAUUUUAAUCAAUGAUGUAAUAAUUAGCCAUCUUUUGCACAUCCAUACUCGAUUUUGUUGGUUGGAUGCCAAUUUAAAGAAUUUAAGUACACCAGUUAUGAAUCGAGAGUUUUAGAGUGACACAAAGCCAUGUGUCAUCUUACAUUUCAAUACAUAUAUAUAUAAAAUUUUAUUUUUGUAUGACCAAAUGAUUAAUAUAUGUGUGUUAUUAUUUAACUGUUAAAAAAUUAACGUAAUAUAUCUUAAUAUACAAUUUUUUAUAUAAUGUGCAAUUGAUGUGCAUUUUCUACUUCUUAAAUAUUGUUUUAAGUAUCAAUUAUUGUAAAGCUCAAAAUAUUUUAAUCGUAUAAAUGAAUAUUUUAAUAUUAUUAUAUAUAUGUAAGUUAUAUCAAAUAUUACGUUAUAUAUUAUAUAAUAUUAAAUAUUAGAUAAUAAUAUAUACAUAUCUGUAAAUAUUUGCAAACGCAAUACGUUGAUCGUAUGCGCUUAUGUGUUUGGCAAUUCUUCAAUCUUUGUCGAUAUCUUUAGUAAUAUAAUGUACUAAACUAAUUUAUGUUUAUCAGAUAAAUGAUAUUGAUUUAUUAACUGAGCCAAAGUCAGGAAAUUUUCAAUCGAAUAUGCAUAAUUAUAAUCAUAAUUAUGAUUAUAAUUGUGAUCAUAGAAAGAUUGAGUUUUCCUACUUCUAAAUAUUUUGAAGCUAAAACAUGACAAACAAAUUAAACAUGAUUAUAAAUUGGCAACUGCUACUAAUUGUUUUGUAUAGAAACUAUCUUUCAAUUCUAUGUUACCUAAUAUCUUAUAAGCACGCGAUUAUCUAUAAUAUUAAUAUUCUGUUACAAUUCAAUGGUGACUGGUUCUACACACAGUAUUUCUCGUCGUACAAGUACCUUCUUUGUAGACAUUUUUGUUGCGAAUUUAAUCUUGUGUAUAUACAUAUAAAUCAUUAUUUUUCUAGUCUACAUGUAUUGAAUGUAAUGCAAAACUUGAUUGUAAUAAAUUAUACGAAAUGUUUAAUUGCUGCGAUCAAUAAAAUAUAAUAUUUUAGAA